UUGAUAAGUAUUUUAAAACUUUACUACUUAUUUUUUGUUUUGCUAUUAUCCUAGAUUCUCGUUUGAAAAUGGAUGCAUUGGAACAAUGGUUGAGAGUACUUAAUGACAAUGAAUCAGAAGUAGUAAAUAUAAUGAUUUUGGCAAGGACUAAAUUAGCUAAUGUAUUUGAGCACUACAGAAUACAAGUGGGAGUUGUAGAUAGGACACCAACAAUGCAGACCACGAGCCUGGGCAUAUUGGCAAUUGGAGGGGGAGCAAUGUCAUUGCUUAAAAUUAGAAGACUGUCUCAUACUUCUACUGUUAGUGGUGUUGAGUCCGAAUUAACAUGUUAUCUUAACCAACCAUCUAUUGAAACUGAUGAUGAUGAACCAUUUGAUAUAUUAUCUUGGCGGAGAUCACAAGAGUCUAGGUGUUCGAGUAAUUUCUGAAAAGAGGAGCAGUUUAAGCCCAGACACUGUGGAAGUAUUGAUUUGCUUAAAAGAUUGGCAAUUGGCAGAGUGGAGAUUGCAACAAGCUGAACAAGAAAGAGAACUUGCAGAUUUAAUGAAAGAUCUGAAGAUAUCAAGACCGUCAUUUAUUGAAGAAAUUGAUACCGAAUCACUGGAU